AUGCAGCUUGAACGAAAAUUUCCAGCUGCUCAAGGAGCUAUUCGUUGUGUACGAUAUAAUAUUGAUGGAAAUUAUUGUUUAACAUCGGGUAGUGAUCGUACAAUUAAAUUAUGGAAACCUGAUAGUAGUUUAGCUAUUAAAACAUAUACAGGACAUAGUCAAGAAGUACUUGAUGUACAUAGUUCAUAUGAUAAUAGUCGUUUAUGUUCUGGUGGUGGUGAUAAACGAGUUUUAUAUAUUGAUGUAAUGAGUGGUAAAAUUAUGAAAAAAUAUCAAGCACAUGCUGGUCGUGUACAAGCUGUACGUUUCAAUGAAGAAGCAUCAAUAAUAUUUUCAGCAUCAAUUGAUGGUACUGUUAAAAUUUGGGAUAUUAAAUCUCGUGAAUAUGAUCCAAUACAAGUAUUAGAUGAUGCUAAAGAUAGUGUUACAAGUUUAUCAUUAGGUAAUAAUGAAUUAUUAACAAGUUCACUUGAUCAACGUGUUCGUAUAUAUGAUAUACGUUAUGGUAAAUUAUAUGAAGAUUAUAUUGGACAUAAUUUAACAUAUAUUAAUAUAUCACAUGAUCAACAAUGUUUUCUUGUUGGAACAUUAUCAAGUCAAAUAAUGUUAUUUGAUAAAAUAAAUGGAAAAUUAUUACAAACAUUUGUUGAUUAUACAAAUAAUACAUAUAUGAUUGAAAAUGCUUUAUCAAAUGAUGAUCAAUAUAUAUAUAGUGGUUCAGAAAAUGGUCGUUUAAUAUGUUGGAAUUUAUUAACAGCUAAACAAAUAUGUUCUAUUGAACAUGAGUCAGAUAAUCGAAAAUCAGUUAAUACAUUAACACAUCAUCCAAAAGAAGAUAAAUUACUUACAGCACAAGAAGGAAAUAUUUAUUUAUGGAAAAAACAAGAUAAAAUUGAAGAAAAAGAAGAAAUAAAAAAUUUUUUUAUAAAUGAUAAACAAAUAAAUACUUCUAAAUUUGUUAGUGGAGGUUUUGAAUAA